AGCACUCUCAGAUUGAUGGAGCAAUCGAAAAGGCAUUUUGAAGCGUCCAGCUCUUUUUUUCUUGUGUACAUUGAAGUUAUUGUUCUUCUCUCAUGCUGCAAUUUGCUGUGUCUUAACUUGCUUGGUUCAGCAACAGCUGUUAGAGGAAAUGACACUGACCUAGAAGCUUUACUCCAUUUCAAAGCCGAGAUAACCGGCGAUCGGCUCGGGGUUAUGGCGUUGUGGAAUAGUUCCAUUCACUUCUGUCAGUGGCAAGGUGUUACAUGCGGCCGCAAGCACCAGAGAGUCACCAAGUUGGCGAUGCAAUUCCUCAAACUCUCGGGACCCUUGUCACCAUACAUUGGAAAUUUGAGUUUCCUCCGGGAGUUGAAUCUUGCAGGCAACAACUUCUACAACCACAUUCCUCAAGAAAUCGGUCGUUUAAGAAGAUUGGAAACACUGAAACUGACCAACAACUCCAUCAGCGGCCAAAUCCCUCACAAUUUAUCUGCUUGUUCUAAGCUUUCAUUCGUUCAUACGAGAGGCAACAAGCUAAGUGGAAAAAUUCCUGAUUUUCUUGGUUUCUUGCCGAAUCUGAAAGUCCUAAGCUUAGUCAUCAACAAUUUUAGUGGGAUCAUCCCUCCAUCAUUGGGGAACUUGUCAUCCCUAGAGGUACUUGCUUUGACAGAGAAUGCAUUAACUGGCAUCAUACCUGAAUCUCUUGGACAUCUGAAAAAUCUCUCAUAUUUCUCGGUAUUAGGAAAUGCAAUUUCAGGUACUGUUCCAGUAACAAUGUUCAAACUCUCCAACAUUAGAUUAUUUGAUAUUGGUCAAAACAAGAUUCAAGGUACUCUUCAUAUUGACUUAGAAAUCACUAUGCCAUAUGUUGAGUUCUUUUCCAUAGGGGGGAACCAAAUCUCUGGACAAAUCCCGGUUUCAAUAUCCAAUGCCUCAAAUCUCAAUGUACUUCAAUUCAAUGAGAACAACGUCAGUGGAAACGUGCCUUCGUUAGAGAAGCUGGACAAAUUGUUUCAGCUUCUCCUAGACGAAAACCAUUUGGGUCAUGGGAGAGAAGGUGAUCUAAAAUUUCUCUGCACUCUAGUCAAUGACACUAAAUUAGAAAAUAUAGGGAUAAGUGAAAAUAAUUUUGGAGGGGUAUUUCCAGAAUGCAUUAGUAACUUUUCUAAAACCGUUUCGUAUUUAGCUAUAGAACAGAACAAAAUAUUGGGAAGAAUUCCGGAUGGGAUUGGAAAUUUGAUCAAUUUGGAGGUGCUUGUGGCAUCACAAAAUCGACUAUCAGGUCCCAUCCCUUUUUCUAUUGGGAGGCUUCCGAGGUUGAACAUAUUUUUUUCUCACACCAAUUUUCUCUCUGGGGUUAUUCCACAAUCUAUUGGAAAUUUAUCAAUGCUAACUGGACUUGCCUUGGAUGCUAACAAUCUCCAGGGCAUCAUUCCUGCAAGUAUUGGUAAGUGCCAAAAUUUGCUUAGAUUGGGAUUAUCUCAUAACAACCUUAGUGGAACAAUACCCCCUGAGAUACUUGGACUCUCAUCCUUGUCCAUUGAACUAGACUUAUCAUCAAACUUUUUAACUGGUGAGCUGCCUGUUGCGGUGGAAAAAUUGAAAAAUCUAGGUGAAUUUGAUGUUUCUCAAAAUAGUUUAUCCGGUUUUCUCCCGGAAAACCUUGGUAGCUGUGUAAGUCUAGAGAAGUUGUACCUGGAUGGAAAUUUCUUUGAAGGGCCUAUUCCUUCAUCUUUUAGUUCAUUGAAAGGUCUUGUAGUAUUGGACGUAGCUGACAAUAAUCUAUCCGGUAGGAUUCCAGAAUUUGUUGUGAGCUUCAGAUCAUUACGGUAUUUAAAUCUCUCUUUCAAUGAUUUUGAGGGAGAGAUACCAAGUGGAGGAGUCUUUAAGAAUGCAAGUCUUAUAUUUGUUGAGGGGAACAAAAGGCUUUGUGGUGGCAUCCAUAUGUUACACUUGUCCAAAUGUAAAUCCAAAACAUCUUCAAACUCUUCUCUUAGAGUAAAACUUGCAAUUGGUGUUGUGAUUUUAGGAGUGACAUUGGUAUUUACUUGUCUCCUCAUCAUCAUGUGGUUUAGAAAGAAGAAAUACAAGAAGCAAACAACAACUUGUGCAGAAAAUUCACUAUUACAGUUAUCAUACCAAAGUAUCCUAAGAGCUACCGACGGAUUCUCCACGCAAAAUUUGGUUGGUUCAGGAAGCUUUGGUUCUGUAUACAAAGGAAUUCUUGAAGUGAGUGGAUUGGUUAUUGCAGUAAAGGUGCUUCAUCUUCUGAAUCGUGGAGCUUCAAGGAGUUUCUUGGCUGAAUGUGAGGCCUUGAAGAACAUUCGACAUCGGAAUCUUAUCAAAGUAUUAACAGCAAUUUCUGGUGUCGAUUAUCAAGGAAAUGAUUUUAAAGCAUUGGUUUAUGACUUCAUGGUAAACGGAAGCUUGGAGGAGUGGCUGCAUCCCUCUAUCAGCAUGAAUGAAUUGGAGACAGCGAGAUACCUGAACUUCUUCCAAAGAGUUAAUCUCACCAUAGAUAUCGCUCAUGCAUUGGAGUAUCUGCACCAUGGUUGUGGAAUAUCGAUCAUUCAUUGUGACCUCAAGCCAAGCAAUAUUCUACUCGACGAGGAGAUGCUUGGCCAUAUAAGUGACUUCGGUUUGGCAAAAAUCAUUUCUGCAGAUGUACUUAACAGUUCCGUUAAUCAAUCAAGCUCCCUUGGAUUAAGAGGAACCAUCGGUUAUACUCCACCAGAAUAUGGAAUGGGAAGCGAGUUGUCAACUAAAGGUGAUGUGUACAGCUAUGACAUCCUCUUGCUAGAGAUGUUUACAGGAAAAAGACCAACUGAUGAAAGGUUCAAAGAAGAUUUAAGUCUUCACGACUUUGUUGAGGCAGCUUUGCCUGGACGAGUAUUUGAGGUUAUAGAUCCCAUUCUUCUCCAAGAAAGAGUCGAAAAUGACAAACAUCUUCGGUGCUUGAAUUUGAUACUCGAAAUAGGACUCACUUGUUCUGCUGAAUCACCGAAUGAACGAAUGGACAUGAGUGAUGUUGUUGCCAAGCUUUGUUCCAUUAGAGACGAGCUUCAUUCAACUCGAUCACGCCGACAGGUUAUAACUUAAAUAUUCUGCUCAGCGAUCACCAAGUACUUUUGAGAUGAAUAAUGUGUUCAAAUGAUAUAAA